UCCGCCCCUCGGGUAGGGGGCGGGGCUAAUGAGUUGCGCGCGCGCGCUGCAAAACCGGUUGAUUUCAAGGGAUCGUUUUGCUGCGGCCGUUCCGAGCCCGAGGCAGGGACCAUGGCCGAGGCGGGGCCGGUGCAGCCCGUCUCCCCCGGCGCCGGGCCCAGGAGAAGCCGGAGCGGCAGCAGCGGGGCGCGGCCGCUGGAGCAGCUCACUGACCCGCGGGAGUUGCUGGAGGAGGUGGAGAUGCAGAUCGAUGACGCUGCGUUCUCGCUAACUAAGAUCCUUGAGGCAACAUCUGCUGUGUCAGCCCAGGUAGAAGAACUCGCAACUAAAUGUUCAGAAAAUGCCCGAUUUCUUAAAACGUGGCGGGAUCUUCUGAAGGAAGGGUAUGAAUCUCUGAAACCCAGUGACUGACACUGUGCAAACACACACAGGAGGAAAUCUGAAGAGGGUACCUGGGCAAGCUGAAGUUGAAUCAUCCCACAGCAUUUUCACUUUGUUACCCUUGUCUUGUAAUGACAGGACUUGGCUCUCGGCCAUGCUGGGUUAAGGAACGUCUGUAUAAAUGAAGACUUUAACAACUUUUUUGUGCUUUUUUUCUUGAUGGCUUAACAGGGCUUUUCAUCAACUACCCACCUUCAAGGAAAUGUUUUGUUCUGUGCGCUAGCUGUUUCUAUGGAGAAAUGCCUGUUGAUACUGGUGCAUGCAUGAACAUCAUUCAGAAUCUGUUGAAUAAUAGAAUAGACUGUUUUAGUUUGGCUUGGGAAGAGGGACCAAAUUUGGAUUUUUAAACUGUUGGUUUCUUUGCAGUUCUAUUGAUUAUCAAGUACAAAUGAAAUGUACUAAAUGAAAUUAUUAAUGUUACACUUGUGUUCAGAUACUAUACAUAGGGAAAUAUCUGAUACCUCUCUAAUUGACCACUGUGAUUCUGUAAAUGAAGAAUUCCCCAAGUGGUGUAAUCACUUGCAGACAGCUAUAUUUUUGUUACCCCCCCGUCCUUCAGGAAUGUAUAUAAGCUUGUCACUGCCAAAAUAAGUCUUUUUAAAAUCUUGUUAAUCAAACGAGACUCCUUGUGAAACUUUCUGCCCUCACUUAUACCUGUAUAAACUCCAUCCUUACUCUGCCAUUUAACAGGUAUUAAUAUAGAUAUAACUGAGUCUAGAACUUGGUCUCUCAUUUUUAAGACUGUAGCCCAGCUCCCUCCCUACACUGACAAUCAUCUUAGCCAGUUUUUCAAUACUUUUCUACAUAGUUGCAUUUUUACAGAUUAUUUGACCACUGUAAACCCUUCUACACCUGAUAUUUUUAUGUAUUUUGGUUACUAAACUAUAUUUAAAGUGCCUUAUUGUGUGCUUAGAUCAUAUUUUCCUUACGAUAGAAACUCAGCUGUAUUGUGUAUUAAAAGGUUGAGUUGCUAUUUGACAUAUA